AGAGGCGCGGUCUGAGCCGCUGGCGAAGUUGCCCCGGGGCGGCCAGGGAGAAGUUGGCGGCGCCGGGGCCGCGGUCUGCCCGCACGCUCGCCCGCUAUGGCGUUCCGGAGGCGGACCAAGAGCCACCCGCUCUUCAGCCAGGAGUUCCUCAUCCACAACCACGCCGACAUCGGCUUCUGCCUGGUGCUCUGCGUCCUGGUCUCGCUCAUGUUUGAGGCUACAGCCAAGACUGCCUUCUUGUUUAUCUUACCUCAGUAUAAUGUUAGUGUGCCUACAACAGAUGGUGAACUUGUUCUUUAUCACUAUGGGCUAAAGGAUUUGGUCACAAUACUCUUCUACAUCUUCAUAGCAAUAAUUUUGCACGCUGUGGUGCAGGAAUAUAUAUUGGAUAAAAUCAACCGGAGGCUCCAUCUCUCUAAGAUCAAGCACAGCAAGUUCAAUGAGUCUGGACAGCUAAUAUCAUUCCAUCUUGCCUCCGUGGCCUGGUGCUUAUAUGUGGUAAUAACGGAAGGAUACUUAUCAAAUCCCAAGAGUCUGUGGGAGAGCUAUCCACAUAUUCAUCUCCCGUUCCAGGUAAAGUUUUUCUACCUUUGCCAGCUGUCCUAUUGGCUUCAUGCACUACCUGAACUAUAUUUCCAGAAGGUGCGGAAGGAGGAGAUUCCUCGUCAGCUGCAAUAUAUCAGCCUUUAUUUGGUGCAUAUAGCUGGAGCAUACCUCUUAAACCUCACACGCCUGGGACUAAUCUUGCUACUACUGCAGUACGUGGCUGAAUUCCUCUUCCACAUGGCUCGCCUUUUCUAUUUCACAGAUGAAAACAAUGAAAAGCUGUUCCAUGCAUGGGCAGUGGUGUUUGUCAUCACUCGGCUUUUCACUCUUACCCUUUCUGUGUUGGUCAUUGGUUUUGGAUUGGCUCGGGAAGAAAACCAAGCGUUUGACCCUGAGAAAGGAAAUUUCAACACUUUGCUUUUGAGGAUGUGUGUGUUGCUUCUGGUGUGCUUCUCGCAGGCCUGGAUGAUGUGGCAUUUCAUCCACUUCCAGCUACGGCGCUGGCGGGAGUACUGGAAUGAACAGAGUGCGAGAAAAAGAACUGCAGCCACUGUCCAUGCCAAACAGCAACUGAAGGCCAUGAAAAGGGAGUCUGGUUACCAUGAAAAUGGAGUUGUAAAAGCAGAAAAUGGUACCUCACCGCGGACCAAGAAACUCAAGUCUCCAUAGAGCCAAACCCCCGCUUGCAAGAGAUAUUUUGACGAGGAUGUGGCAAAAGUGAGAUGGAGGACUCUGGGAAGAGGAACAUAUUCCUCUCUUUUGGCCUUACCAAGUUCCACCUCAAGUAGCUUGAAGACACAUUAUGGAAUUAUCUCAUUUUCUCUUUAUCAGUUGCGAAAACCAAAAAAACCUUCUCCUUUUAUAUUGAGGUUUAAGAACACCAAACACUUACUCCAUUUGGUGUAUUACCUUAUUGUGUAUUUUUUCCUCUAUCCUUCAACAUGCUUUUUUGCCUCAUUUUCCUUUACUUGGAAACAUUUGACAGGCAUUUCUUUUCUCCAGAAAUCCAUUCCUUACUCCAUCCACUCUUCCUUUCUGAUUGCAUCUAGCAAUACUUUCUACUGGAGACAGAGCAAAUAUUUAGGGUGCUGCAGGUCCUACCAACAGUGAGAAAAAUGUGCAGUGCAUAUUUCAGAGAGUGAAACAUUAACCUGUGACUUCUGUUGAAUUCUGUAAAGUUAGGCAGAUUCAAGCAUCUUUUGUAUGCUUCUUCUGGCUAACAUAAAAUAGAUUUGCUAAUGUCUUAGCAAGAAUGGAAAUCCUCUUAAAACACCAAAAUGAUGACCUGCUGGCCUAACUCUUAGUAUGUGUGUGGAGCACUUUCAAUCUCCACUCGCUCAGAUAAUUUUGCUUAACCUACAGUGCCUUAGUGAAGGGAGCAGUGUCAUCAUUAAUUCAAAGCCAUUCAGGCAAUAUAGCAUGGUCUCUAUACAAGUACCCUGUGUUUCACCUACCUGACAAAUGUGUCCUCUCUGGGUCCUCCAGGUGAUUCUAUGGUAUGCUUCCAAUGAAGGAAGUUGUUCCAAGACAACUCCAUGGAGUUGUCUUGGAACACCUAAAAAAAUCCUAGAAUGUCUUAGGUCCUUCAGGGUGCUUCUGUGGUAACUUUUGCAGAAGAUGCCCAUUUCAGUAGGGUUUGCUUUUAUCCACAGAUUCCUAUUUUCACAGUAAGUUCAGAAAUAUAUCCUCCCUUGGAUAGGGUUCAUACUCUACAUAGGUCUUUACAUAUAGCCUCUGGCUUUUUUAUUGAACAAUGGGACAGCUUCCUUAAAUCAUUUAUUCCUAAGUAGCAGUGUUCUUCAACAUAAUGGUGGUGUGAUUUGCACGCCUGAGCCCAACCAAACACAGGAUAGCAAUAUUGUUGUGCAUGUAGUAUGGCCCUAUUCAUAUUUACUCAGAGAUAUGCCCCACUACAGUCAAAUGAAUUUCCAUCCUAGCAAUUGCCCUUUGGGAUUGCAACCUUUGGCUUUUAUCGUUUCCACAUCUCCCUCUUCAUAACUUUUGCCUAAGAGGAUCUGUGGCUGUCAAUCAUAUUCUUCCCCUGCUAAUGAGACUUGCAUGGGUUGUUUCCUAAUAAUUUGCCUGAAUUAUGUAUAUGAUAAGAGGGAAAUUUUUGAAUAAGGGGGGAUUUCUCCAGCUAUUUGGCCAUCAUUUCCUAAAAGGUGGUGAUUAGUGUUAAGUAUGAACUCUACCUCAAAGGCCACUGCUUUCUGUUUUUAUUUUCAUUGCUUUUUGCUCUUAAAACAGAAUUAGAAGUGACACAGGAAUGAUGGGUUAUUUGUACUGCCGUACUGUUUCCUUUUUUAAAAGGAAUAUCCUUAGUUAGCUGAGGUUCAUUCAGCAGAUUUAGAUCUGAGUACUAUGAUUGUCCUAAGGGCCACCUUGAGAUCAAAUGCAACUGGGUACAUUAUGAAUGUUUUCUCUGUGAAGCUCCCCUGAAUUUUAGAUCAUCACUUAAUCCAAAGAAAGGACAUUUUCUCUCUCUUCUUGGCCAUACCUUUUUAAUAGAUUUUUUUUUCUUUAGAGCUCUCCUUUUAUUCCUUGAUGCAAUAGCAGUUCUGAUUGGUACACAUUAAGGACAAUUCGUUUUUCAUGAGGGAACAGGGUUAUGGAAUGAUGGGACUGUUAAUUCACAGUAGUGAAUACUUCUUCAUUUUACUGAAAGUUAGCCUUGUGGCUGAUGCAAAACAACAACAACCUCAGGCCAAUGAGAAGCACCCAUUUUACAGGUUUUUAAUUAUUUUAGCAAAUUUGGAAUCUGUUAGUAAAUGAUAAAGAUUUCAUUUUCAGGUUGUUUUUCCGUUCCUAUUUCAUGUUCCUAAACUAAGUGCAACUUGUGAUUCACAACAUCAGCCAUGUGUUGCAAGUCAUCAAUUACUUUUCUCUGGAGAUACGUACCUGAUAGAUUGCUGUUAAACCAUAGUGUGUAGCUGGUAAGGUUAAGCCAUCUUGAUGGGUCCCAGGCGCGGGGCUGCACUAAGGAGUGUUAACUACAUUAUGAGAUGAACAAAACUGCCUAAAUUGCUUAUUGCAUUUGACUGAUCUGGCACUGUGUGCAGCUCUUUCCUCGCCCUUUUCCUGUGCAUUCUAGUUCUGCUUGCACUUUUUGGAAAGUAUUAUGCUGAUUUUUUUUCUCCUCUUCAGAUCCUUGGAAUAUUUGAGCUGAAGCAAAUUUUCCCACAUUGUGCCUGUCACCUCUAAGCUCUUGUUGAGUCCCAAAUAUACCUCAUCUGUAUUAAUUUCUAUAUGUAGGAGUGAAGGGGUUAAACUGAAUGGUGCUAUGUAAGUCAGGUGGGGUGUGAUCAAGUUAGUAUGGUGGAGCAGUGAACCAGUUCUGUCAGUACAACCUGUUGGAAACCAAAGACAUAGCCAUGUUAGGCUGAAUCGGUAUGUGAAGGGAUUUUGUAGCAUUUUUGAAACUGAAAAACUUAAAUGUGUGAAAGCUUUUGCUACUAACUUCUUUUACUUCAGUUAGGUCCCAUCAGCACUGCCGUAUAAUGAAGUUUCAGAAUACAGAUUACUUGCAUUCAGCUGGAUUAUAUAGCAGUGUAGACUUAUAUAAUCCAAUGCAGUUCAAUCUGCAUUAUAUGACAGUGUAGGUGGAGCCUAGGUCUGAAACAUGAUACAAGAUCCCUUGGCAUACUGAUGGAAACAAUCCUGCUUUCCUUCUGCCACCCUCCUUGCUACAAGGAAUUGGACACUAUUCCAAAGACAGAGAUCACAGUUCUACAUUGGGAGCUAUUCCCAUUUCAUUUGGAUCUUGAGCUAAUGUGACUGAACUCACAUUUAUCAAAGGGGUUUUGCCUGUUUUGCAGCAAACACCAGUCUAACAUCUUCCAAGGCUUUUCAGAGGAUUGCAAUAAAACCGGCAGAAAAUAGUCUUCCACUAGCUCAAUUUGCUCAAUUACCUUUGUCAUGCACAAGGUUAUUAUGCCACAGUAUAGUGUAUUUACAGUUUUUGAAAGUGCCUUACAUUGCCUUUAGUACUUUUUUAUCUUUCAUUUAUGCCUUUCUUGUAUGUUUGAUACGUUUCACGUAUAUACACUAGUUAGCUUUUUAUAAAAGGGACAGUCUUUGCUAAACAGAAUUGCCUCAGUUUCUAUGCCAUUUUGACUUGUCAGUCAAUCCUUCUUGGUAACUACAAGCUUUCUUCUCAUUGGAGGACUGCUAGAUAUAUUACUAUUUGUUCUGGUAUAGCAAAAUACCAUACAAGCCAUACAAUUUCUCUCUUCCUUUGCAGAGCAAUUUGUUUCCUGCUUUUAAUUUCAGGUAACUAUUUCUAAAAUCGCAGAAAGCGCAAGAGUCCAAUUUCUGUUCUGAGGUCCUCUAGCAGAAAGUGCUGUUGACCGAACCUUUAUAGCUAGUUUUGCGAUUUUGCUGUGGAUGCAUUUUGUAUAGUCUGUGUUUGUGGAAGCUGCAAUUUAUAAGGGAGGGUGCAUAUAGCUGUCUCCCCUUGUUUCACUUUUCCACUGAAAAUUGCCUUCCACAAAUCCACUGCUUUCACACUUCAAAGGGAAAAGAUGCAGACUUAUUACAGUAGAAGUAAAGGCAGCUUGUGAACAGACAUCUGGGGGAAUCUUCCCAAACCUGCACAGGUAGUCUGUCUUGGCCACCACAUGUCUGUGUGCAAACAUGUGUGAAAAUUGCUUUCCAGAAGCAUCACAUAAUGUUAUGUACAUCUGUUUCCACCUGAGAUUCUGUAUGCGGAGAGGAAAACAGGCAUAGCCUUGUUCAUAUAGAAAUGAACCAGGGUUGCAUUGCAAUGGCCUUUAAGGCUGGCUAAUUUAAAAGUUUGCCAAGGUUUGAUAUGCCUUGGAAGUAAUGUCACUAUGGGAAAGGAAUUAGGAUGGUUCAUCUUUAAUGUGAUCAGGUUUCUGUGAGGGAGGUGACAUAUUUGUUUUGAACGUACCAAUGUUCCUCUUCUCUGUAUGGAGAAAGGGAAUCUCAUAGUCCAGUGGUUCUCAACCUGUGGGUCCCCAGGUGUUUUGGCCUACAACUCCCAAAAAUCCCAGCCAGUUUACCAACUGUUAGGAUUUCUGGGAGUUGAAGGCCAAAAACAUCUGGGGACCCCUGGUUGAGAAUCACUGUCGUAGUCCUUCCUGUCUGUCCUGUCCUAGAUGUCUCAGAAGAUCCGUAGCAGCAUUUUCAGGUUCAGCAAUAAACUUUCCAAAGCUCAGUACACAGAUCUAUCCACAGCAGGGCAUUAUUUUAAAAACAGCUUAAUCUGGAGUUUGUGUUUAACUACUCAUCUAGUAAAACGGUUAAGAAAAGUGAAUUUCCUUUCACUGUCCUGCCCACUGAAAUUUAAUGUGUUUAGUGCACACUUCUGAAACAAAAUGCAGAAGCUGGAUAAAAAAAUGAGUUGUGAGGAUUUCAGUACAGAUUGACUUUUUGUUGCUAACUGUUGCUAAUGGUGAAAAACAGCUAUUCUAUGGCUAUAUGUAGAAGAUGAUUUUGUGUCUUCCAAAGGAACAUGCGUCAUUCUAAAAACACAGCUACAUCAGGAUUAUUAAUUGCUCAAUAUGUUUUGUUAAUCUUCAGUACUGUUACCAUUUUUAUGCAAAACGACAACAGGGAGGGAUAUACCUGCAAAUCGUGUAUGUACAUGGCUGUCACAAAUGUCUCUAAUUUUAGUCCAAAUUUAAACUGGGAACCUGCUUUUCUAUUUUUAAGUUUAAUAUGAAUGGUUCCUGGAAGGAAAGACAACAGUUCUUUUCCAAUUUUACUUCCUGGUAUAUUUCAAUUCUGCCCCUGACAAUUCAAGGUUGUAUUUUUGUGUAUAGAUUUUUAUUGUUGUUAAUCCAGUUUUUAUAAAAAGCUAUCUGUGACACAAUAUUUUCUGAAAUAAAAAAGCAUAGAAUGAUCAAAAA